CAAAAUUUUUGGACGAGAACGAAUCUGAUUAGUGCACUGCACACACGAUGUACCGCCACCACAACCAGCAGCGCAUACUCCCCCAUCUCUCCCAUGAUGAUCACCGCCGUCUAAUCCGGUGCCUUUUGGGCUUUGGCAACUGCCCACAAGAGUCAUGACUGCUUCUCCUCCUUUGCUUGAUCACCCCUACAAACCCGUGCAGCCGUGCACCCCAUCUCUCACAAUUCAAGAAGCGAGAAAGGGGAAUAGAUCGAGAGAAGAAGGGAAAGCGGCAGUACUAGAAAAAAGGGGACGUGGAAGAAUCGGCCAAAGCAACAACGACUUGGCUAGUAUAAACCCAUUGGAGGAGGAGUGCACACAAGAAUCAACGCAGGGGAAGGGGAGAGGGAGGGGGAGAAGAAGAAGACAGCAGCGGGCUAACUGCUGCUGCUAUAUCUGCAAUUAAAGUUUUUCUCUUUUAUAUCCUUCGGAUGCCCUGACUGAGAUGGUGGUAUCUUGUCAGAGGCGCACAGGCUCUUGUGUUCUUGUUGUCUCCUCCCCAGGCAAGCAGCAGGAGCAGUAGUAGUAGCCAGCGGAGGAAAGAGGGAGAGAUGCCGGCCGGGAUGUGGUCAAUGCAGCCGCCGGCUCCAUUGCCACUCCUCGCCUUCUCCGUCUUCUUCUUGCUGCCGCUGCUGUGCUUCCCGUUGGCGGCCAAUGGAGGGUCUCCGCCGCCCACGGCGUCUCGCUCGUUUUUCCCGGUCGUCCCUGCAGCCACCACUACCGUCGGCGUCGACGCCUUCUCCUCGAACGGCAGCGCCGCCGCCGCCGCCGCGACUCCUGCUGCGGGGCCGUCUGCUCCCUUUGUGCUCACAGUGGAGGGGGGACGCCACCCUUUACGCAAGGAGCUUAUCAUUGCCAUUGUCCUCGCCUCCAUAGCUGGCGUGACGAUCGUUGUCGCUGCCAUUUAUGCCUUCAUUGUAUGGUGGCGAUAUCGCCGAAGCCUGGACGACUUCAAAGAUACCCAGAGCACAGAUACUGCAAGGGUAGCACUGGUACCAAUCUUGAACAAAUUCAACUCAUUCAAGGCUAGCAAGAAGGACCUUGUGGCGAUGAUGGAGUAUGCCUCGUUGGAGGCCGCGACUGGGAAUUUCAGUGAGAGCAAUGUGCUCGGAAUCGGUGGAUACGGUUGUGUAUACAAGGCCAACUUUGAUGGAGGGUGUGUCGCUGCUGUGAAGAGGUUGGGGCGCGAGGGACAGGAGUGCGGGAAGGAAUUUGAGAAUGAGCUGGAUUUGCUUCAGAGGAUUCAGCAUCUGAAUAUAGUGUCCCUUGUAGGCUUCUGCAUUCAUGAGGAGAACCGCUUCAUUGUUUAUGAGCUGAUGGUGAAUGGAUCAUUGGAAACACAACUCCACGGGCCAUCACAUGGAUCAGCUCUAAGCUGGCACAUCCGGAUGAAGAUUGCUCUUGACACAGCAAGGGGGCUAGAGUACCUUCAUGAGCACUGCAAUCCACCAGUUAUCCAUAGGGAUCUGAAGUCGUCUAACAUACUUUUAGAUUCAGACUUCAAUGCGAAGAUUUCGGAUUUCGGCCUUGCAGUCGCAAGUGGAAAUCACAGCAAAGGGAAUCUGAAGCUUUCUGGAACUUUGGGCUAUGUUGCUCCUGAGUACUUAUUAGACGGGAAGUUGACUGAGAAAAGUGAUGUAUAUGCCUUUGGAGUAGUACUUCUUGAGCUUCUAUUGGGAAGGAGGCCAGUUGAGAAGAUGGCACCAUCUCAGUGCCAAUCAAUUGUUACAUGGGCCAUGCCUCAGCUAAUUGACAGAGCAAAGCUCCCUACCAUAAUUGACUCCGUGAUCAGGAACACGAUGGACCUGAAACACUUAUAUCAAGUAGCUGCAGUGGCUGUGCUCUGUGUGCAACCAGAACCAAGUUACAGGCCACUGAUUACAGAUGUACUCCACUCUCUGACUCCCCUAGUGCCCCUGGAGCUUGGGGGGACACUGAGGAUCAACCCAGAAUCGCCUUGCGCAAUGCAUAACCGUUCUCCCUGCUGAGAAAGAAAACAGAGAUAUGAUCCGAAAGUGGCUAUUCAAUGGGCUCACACCAUCCAAAUGGUUCAGAUAACUGGUGAUGUGGAGGGCAGGUCACUGUUUCUCGUUCCAGUUGCAUUUCUUGGCGCUCGUCUGAGGAUGUGUUCCCCAACCUUGUGACCUACACAUACUUGUUGGUUUGAUUGAUACAGUUUUCGGGUUUGAGGAGAAGCGGAUGACGCAUCUGAUUUUACUGGCUGUACAAAGAGUUCAUCAGUACAUUUUUUUUCUUUCUUUCUUUUCUUUUUCUUUGGCUCUGAAAACUGCUGUAUAGAUUAAAGAUUUCACAUGGUAAAAGAAAUACUUGCCCCCAAUCAGUUGUCCUGCAGUGAGUGAUUAGUAUCCAAUUCAUAUGCUUGUUUUGGUACUUCAA